UCACGUGAGCCGGUUCCAAGAUGGCGGCGGGGGUGGCCGGGUGGGGGGUUGAGGCGGAGGAGUUCGAGGAUGCGCCUGAUGUGGAGCCACUGGAGCCCACGCUCAGCAACAUCAUCGAGCAGCGCAGCCUCAAGUGGAUCUUCGUCGGGGGCAAGGGUGGCGUUGGCAAGACCACCUGCAGCUGCAGCCUGGCCGUCCAGCUGUCCAAAGGGCGGGAGAGCGUGCUCAUCAUCUCCACGGACCCCGCCCACAACAUCUCCGAUGCCUUUGACCAGAAGUUCUCCAAAGUGCCCACCAAGGUCAAAGGUUACGACAACCUCUUCGCCAUGGAGAUAGACCCUAGUCUGGGCGUGGCCGAGCUGCCUGACGAGUUCUUCGAGGAGGACAGCAUGCUGAGCAUGGGCAAGAAGAUGAUGCAGGAGGCCAUGAGCGCCUUCCCCGGCAUCGACGAGGCCAUGAGCUACGCCGAGGUCAUGAGGCUGGUGAAGGGCAUGAACUUCUCCGUGGUGGUGUUUGACACGGCGCCCACGGGCCACACCCUGCGGCUGCUCAACUUCCCCACCAUCGUGGAGCGGGGCCUGGGCCGCCUCAUGCAGAUCAAGAACCAGAUCAGCCCUUUCAUCUCACAGAUGUGUAACAUGCUGGGCCUUGGGGACAUGAAUGCCGACCAACUCGCCUCCAAGCUGGAGGAGACGCUACCCGUGAUCCGCUCUGUCAGUGAGCAGUUCAAGGACCCUGAGCAGACCACGUUCAUCUGCGUCUGCAUUGCCGAGUUCCUCUCACUGUACGAGACGGAGCGGCUGAUCCAGGAGCUGGCCAAGUGCAGGAUCGACACGCACAACAUCAUCGUCAACCAGCUCGUCUUCCCCGACCCUGACAAGCCCUGCAAGAUGUGCGAGGCCCGCCACAAAAUCCAGGCCAAGUACCUGGACCAGAUGGAGGAUCUUUACGAGGAUUUCCACAUCGUGAAGCUGCCGCUGCUCCCCCACGAGGUGCGGGGGGCCGACAAGGUCAACACCUUCUCUGCCCUCCUCCUGGAGCCCUACAAGCCCCCUAGUGCCCAGUAGCGCCGCCGCCGCCCCCCACCCUGUCCCAGGGCCGAGUUUGCACAAAGUCCCCCCUUCCUCCAGAGGAGAAGGGGAGUCACUUGGGGAGGCA